GCGGUGCAUGUCUUUAUGGUGGUGGGGGGAACCGGAGGAAACCCACGCAGACACGAGGAGAACACGAGGAGAACACGAGGAGAACACGCUCCACACAGAAAGGACCUGGAACGACCGGGAUUCGAACCCAGGGCCUUCUUGCUGUGAUCGUCAUGCAGCUGGCCAAGCCGGUGAUGAGGCGGCUGCUGAGCAAGCGCCUGAGGUUCCACCUGCCCGUCGCCUUCGCCCUGUCGCUGGUGACCGCCAUCGCUUUCAAGUACGCAGUGACGGAGCCCAGGAAACAGGCCUACGCCGACUUCUACAAGCAUUACGACGCCACCAAGGAGUUCAACGCCAUGAAGGAGGCCGGCGUCUUCCAGAGCGUGCGGCCAUCUGGGGAGUAAAGCCUGCCUCUUCGUCCCCGUCGCCGCUUCCUGUCCGAGGAUGAAGUCUGUUUGGUUCCUCUGAAUAAAAUAUUAUUACUGUAAA